AUGAAAAACAUCGCGAUUUGUUACAGCGAACACGCUGUAAAAGUCUCCGAUUCAUAUUGCUCGGGAGCUUCGAAUCAGUCGCCGCCAAUACCAAAUGAAAUCACGAGUGUUUACCGAGUCGAGUUCGCGACAAAAAAGCAUCUACUAAUCAAGCUAACGUGGCGCAAUCAGCUGAAGUCAAACCACUUAUUCUCGGUCAACAUUUUCGAAAACGAAGACGACUUGUUUUCCGGCUCGGCUAAAUUCAGCAAGGGCUUCGGAGCCCCUCGCGGCUCGAAAUUGUACGAACUUAACAACGGGUCGAAAAUCGAGGUCAUGUGGGAUUUAUCCCGGGCCGAGUACGAAUCUGGGCCCGAACCAAUCAAGGGCUUUUACGUCAUAAUCCUAAUCGACUCCCAACCGAGCUUAAUUCUCGGUGAAGUUGAAGGAGAGCCCGAGGCCCGAAAUUGCGGUUCGAAUUGUCGGGCCUCGCCUGAAUUCUGGCUUGUCUCGCGUGGGGAGUAUUUCUCGGGGGAGGGACUUUACUCGGCUAGGGUGAGAUUUUGUGAGACGGGGAUUUAUCACGAUAUUUUGGUGAAGUUUUGUGGGGAGGAUCGGGUGCUUUCGGUGUCCGUGGACCGGAAGAGCGUGGUGGAGGUAAAGAGGCUGAGGUGGAAUUUUCGGGGAAAUGCGACGGUUUUCUUGGACGGGGUGUUGGUGGACUUGUUGUGGGACGUUCAUGAUUGGCUGUUCGAGUUUGGGCCGAAAGGGAAAAAUUACGGUGCGGUUUUCGUGUUCAGGAGGAGGAGUGGUUCGGACAGCAGGCUGUGGCUGGAGGAUAAUUAUAUUUAA